CUUGUUUACAAAAUUUUUACACGAAAGUGAUCUAAAUUUUUAACAACUUCUCGUUGUAAUUUUUUACGUAAUCGAUUUCAAUUUGUUCGCUCAUUUCUCUGAUGUAAAAAGAAGUAAAAUUGACACUUUACAUGAUCUAGUUCCACCUCUGUUGUGCAGUAUUUGUCAUCUUAUCUGCUUCAUGUAGUUUUCCCAAGAGUUGAUAGCCUGCCAUUCAAAAUACAAUCAAAAUGUUGUGAAGUCUGAAUCAUAAACUUUCAAAUGACCAAUAUUAUCGUAAUUAAUUUAAUAUUCGAGUAAUCGGGUCCAUAAUGUGCAUAAGUAUUAUUCGUGAUUUGCCAUUUUGAAUUUGAUUAAAUCAAUAUAGUCACCGUCACUUCGUCAUGAUUCAAAUCACUGAUAUCCAGAAACUGGGUGUCGGUUUAGCUGGAUUUGGAAUAUCGCUACUUAUAUUGGGUGUAUUGUUACUUUUCGAUAAAGGAUUACUAGCCAUUGGAAACAUUUUAUUCAUUUCUGGGCUCGCCUGUGUCAUCGGUAUCCAGAGAACGUUACGAUUUUUCUUUCAAGUUCAAAAAAUCAAAGCUACUGCAUGCUUUUUUGGAGGUAUCGUUAUAGUUUUAUUAGGAUGGCCUUUGAUUGGCAUGAUAUUCGAAUUUUACGGUUUCAUAUUAUUAUUUAGUGGUUUCUUUCCUGUAGCUGUUAACUUUUUAAGAAGAGUACCAAUUCUAGGAACAUUCCUCAAUCUUCCAAUCAUUUCUGGUGGUAAUUCUUGAUUUUCAGAUUAUCGAGCGUUUCGCUGGCGAUGCUCAUCGUACGAUGGUUUGAAGAAUUCUAAUUCUUGUAUCGUGAUACGAAUCGAUUUAAAUGAUUUAUUUGAAUCUUCGACUUAGUGAGGAGUAUUUAAGCCCUGGUAUUAGUAUUUAAAAUCAGUAUACUAUCCGGCGAAAUGCAAUUUUUUAAUAUAGUGGUUUUCUAUGUGUCAAUGAAAAAUAUUAUUAUUGUGUCUGUGUAUUGGUAAUUUAUUCGGUUUACAUUCGUUGUAGAUUUAGUAUCGAUAUAUAUAUUUUUUUGUAAAUAAAAAUCAUGAUUUUUUUUAAUA